AUGGCUCAAAACCCAGCCGAACGACAAACAAAGCUAGCGUCUCUGUUCGAGGAAACGCUCCGCAAAGAUGAGUAUGCCAGUCUACUGAGAGGUGAACCUUCUGUUCAAGAGUACCUGGCUGCCGGCAAAAGACUUUCGUUCGAGUCCAUACUUCCGCUGGUGACAAUCCCAGGCCUAGCGGACUUCGGUCCGGACCAAAGAAACUGCUACUGGAGUGCGAUACAGAAAGCAUUUGCUUCCGACGAGGAAACAGUUUGGCAACAAAUUGUGGAGGAUACAGCCGCUGAAAUUGAUGAUUACAGGCUCCGAAAGACUGGGGCCCUUCUUCGUGUUGCGGAACUUCUGGGUGCUGAAUUUGUUGAAAAUGUGACGCCAUUGCAAUUGUCCUUGGGCAAACUCCUGUACAGUAGUUCACUGGUCGCUGGAGCAUUGUCCCUUUUGACAGAGAGAAAAGAGAUCCAAACCCUGGAAGGCGAGAUUGAGGACAAGGAAACAGAGAUCCGGGGUAUCCAGGAAGCCCGGUCAACACUGACCACUCUGCGGGACUCGAAUCUAAAAUCAAUCUCAGCCGAUAUCAUUCUCGUGGAUGAAUUCUGGCAGAGAAUGAAAGAAGACAGCUUCGCGCUGCUUGAUUACGUGGAAGCGGUACAGCUGUGA